AUGGAGCCGCUGCUGGAGGUGGUGUCGCAGUUGGAGAGCCUGGUGUUUGGGCCCGGCACUGCCAAGCCUCCUCCGGCCAGCGCAGGGGAUGCACCGAGUCCUCCGAGCCCCUGGGAGGGCGGUGGGGAAGACCAGGCUCUGCUGCCUCCAGCGGAAGGAGAGAACUGGUCACCGCGGCCUGCAAUCCCCAGCAAGCCUCCCACCGCUGUCCCCUCAUCAGACUUGGACAGUGAUACAGAUUUGGAUAGUUCAUCAACUACAUCUUCUUCAUUUUCACUUUUGUCAGUGUCUGAUGAAGAUGAUCAUUCAAAUUAGAACAAUAACAGAUCUUACUAUAUUCAAACAAA